GUAUAACAUGACAAUAGGCACACGUGAUAUAGAAUGUGUCUAAUUGUUAUGCAGAUAGAAGAAAAUGCUUCCAAGCCUGAAAUUUGAGGUGUUUCCUAUUAUCCGUGGAUUUUACAUUGAAAAAAAUGAUCUGUUUGGAAUGGUUGUUUUUAAGGAAAACGAAAAGUCGGUUGAUGGUGUUAAAAUCUCAAGUGACACAAUGAGUGAAAGCAAUUUGAAGUUGCCAGGCGUAGCCAGCUUGAAGAGCCCCAAGGAUGAAGAAAAAGACGACAUUCUCUUGAAUGGAAUUGUGUCAGUGAAAGAAGAACAAAUAGAAGAUGAGGUAGACAUUAAGCUAGAAAGUGGCCCAAGUAUUUCAAAAGAAAUAAAGGUUGAAGUAACUGACCCCAUCGACACAGAGGAUGCUGACAAAACAGAUAGCAAUAUAUCGCCACAACCAAAAAGUAUACCAAAAAGGAAAUUCUCGCGAUCAUCUCUUUCAACCAGGUCGUCACGAUCUUCUUCGAUGGAUUUCACAUCUGAAAAACCCGAAGAACCAUCGUCAACACAAGACGAGUUUGAAAGAAAACCCGAGAAACUCAAAGAAGAAUCUUCAGAAGAAGAGGAAGAAGAUUUCCUCGGUUUUGAGACGCCAUCAACAUUAAAGAGGGACCAAUUUGCAAGGGCCAUGAUGGAAAAAGACGUCGUUGAAGAUGAAAUCAUGAGUCAAGAGGCCUCCUCUGAUCAUAUGAGCACCGAUAAUCCUCCAAGUGUUGAUUCUGAUACAUAUGUUCUUGGAGAGGUGAAUCCGUCAAAACGUAGCCUCCGAUCACACAAAAAAAGCAUUUCAGUUGACUUAUCAAACCCUGGAUUCAGGAAACCCUUCGAUUAUGGAUGGGUUAGGGAGUUGGUGUUUAGAAGUAUUCACGAAGGAAAUAUGAAAAGGAAUGCAGAUGUUUAUUACUACACCCCAUCCGGUAAAAAAGUUCGAUCUUGCAGAGAAGUAGCGGAUUAUCUUACUGAAGACUUGACAACGGACAAUUUUACAUUUUUUAAAGAGCCUAUAGGAAUAAAUGAUUCCACCAAGGAAAUCAUCCGAGAAGCCAAGUCCAAGCCGAUGCCUAAGAUGAAUGAGGAUGGCACUCCGGUAGUUAAAAAGUCAACACCAAAACCGAAAUCUAGUAAAACACCCAAAGGAGUUUCAGACAGCCCAAAGAGUGUCAUGCCAAGGGUUGUUUUGUAUAAAUCAAAUGUGGUUAAUAAAAACAAAUUCAUCCAAGGUAAAUCUAAGUUUGACAAGAAACGAAAGUCAGCCGGACCAGAUGACAUUGACAUGUUAUCAGAUAAUAAUUGGAGCCCAGAGCAAAAACACCCUACACGAGAUGUUUGCUCAAUCGACUGCCGCCUUGCUAUGGGCCUAAUCCCUUCGCUUCAGUGCCACAGUUGCCUCUGCCUCUACCACCCGGAAUGCAUGGGACUCCAGCGUGAAAAAAUAAGACCGUCUAACUUAUACGUUUGUAAGAAUUGUCAAGUUGUGAAACCUACGACUCUUCCUCCCCCGCCUCCACUUACACCUAUUGUGAACAUACCACGAGCCCAACCAUCCAAGCCACCUUCUCCUGUGAAAAGGGAUGUUAAAAUUAUAUCCGUGUCUCGUCCACAACCUAUUGUCGGUGCUUUGACCACCUGGCUUCCGUCUUCUUCCAGCAUUCAGGUUUCUCAAAGCUCCCCAACGCCCAAAACGUCUACAACACUCACGCUAGCAACGACUACCACGACGACCCCCAGUGCAACAACAACAUCUAAUGUGCAGUCUUCGGAAAUAGUCUCCCCACAGGGCCUGAUCACUAUUAAUGGCAGCCCGUAUGUCCUAAUACAGAAACGUAAUGUCGUCAAUGUGAGUGAUCAGACAAAUUCUAAUGUACCUUCUACAACACCCGGGAGCUCUGCUGAACAACCUGUUACAAAUCUUAUACCGACCGCCCCCGGAGCCUUUGUUGUGACCUCCCAGCCCCAAAUAGGAAAACCACCCCUAAUAUUGGUUCCUUAUCAAAUCCCACCACCUGAUCCUUCAAGUGAAGCAGUUCCUCAAUUACAGAUACCCGUUGUGAACAGCUCAAUCCAGGCAAUAACACCAGUUCCAGUCCAGCCCAUCGGAUCUUCCCAGUCUAAUGGAGUUAAAAGGUUAAAUAGUUCUCCUGCAGAAGGAUCUUCACCUCCACCAGAGAAAAGGUUAAAAUCUAAAGACUUUGCACAGGAAAAUGUGUCGACAUAUUUGAAGGAAAACUUCAUGAUGAAUUUGAAUGCUGGUUUCACCGCACUUCUACAUGCGUUCCAAUACUUGAAAGUCCACGAGCUUCUGAGAGCGAUCUGUGUUUCACAGAUGUGGAGGCAUAUUGCCUCCCACAGAUCACUUUGGGAAACAGUUAGAAUGAAAAAUUCUAGGGUGAGGGACUGGCAGGGCUUUGGUAGAGCGCUUAGAAUGCAUAAUACAAAAGCCCUUGACCUGCGGAAGAUGCUUCUCCCUGAAUCACCCGACCAGACCAAUAAAAUGUGGGUCGAGUUGAGCGAAGCUGUUGCAGACCUUCCUCAUCUGAGGAAAAUUGAUUUUGGAAGGUGUACAGCACAGGCAAUUGAAACUGUUGCCAGCACUUGCCCACAACUUGAAUCCAUCGUUUCCCUCUCUAUAAGGGGGAAUGAAUUGGAUUUGAAAAAUAUAGGCAAUUGUAGGAACCUCGUUGAACUGAAACUAAAAAGUGUUACUGGAAUCGACGUUAAAAACCUCUUGGUACUGAAAGAAUUGAAAUCGCUUAAAGUUUUGGGACUGACUACUGUAAGGAAUAUGGAAGGAAUCGAGGAUAUUCUGAGUGAGAGUAUUGAAAACCUCGAGUUAGGAGAAUGUAUCAAAUUAAAUGAGACAUUCGCCAAGGAAACGCUGCCGAAGUUGGUCAAUUUAAAAAGGCUCAGGCUUGAGAAAGGGCAGAUGAGCUGUCCAACGAUUCCAAUCAUCAAUUCAAUAUCCACCCUGCCGAACUUGACCCAGCUGGAGUUGAUCAAUUUUGACAUUAAACCAGGUUUUGAGAAAGCACUGGCAAAAUGCACAAACAUCAAGAUUCUGCUCAUUAUCCCUACAUAUGUAACGCAGUCUGCGACUACAAAUCAUGUUGUUAUGGGUGGAGUGAGCAAGCUGAACCAAACACUUGUCUACUUUAUAUGGGGGCUGACAUUGGAGCUGCUCCGGGUGACUGAUUUGUUUAUCGACCAGGUUGAAGGCCAAAAAGGCAAAACUCCAAUCCUCGGUGUCAAGAAGGCCGGAACUGGUGACAGCAUCCCGAUACUGAAACCAGUUUGCGAGGAAGGAGGAGACGUCAAGGAGGGACAGGGUGCGUCCCAGGUCGACAUACUAGGCUUGCCAAAACUCCAGAGGGUUUUAUCCACACUUCUGCCUACAACAAAAAUCAAGAUCCUCAAGGUGCCCUUUAGCGCCACAUGGCGCCAGACGGUCACAGACAGCCCCUCUCAGUGAAGUGACUAUGAAUUUUCCACAUAUUGGGAAAUCAUUUUAUGACUCAAUCUCUGGAUCGUUGUUUUCAUUUUAGAGUUAUUUCGUUUUAAUAAUCAAAUAUCACACUGGUGAAACUUUUUAUUUUUGCUGUAUUAAGGUUUAAUUUCUUUUUCUGUUAGCUCUGUAUGAUUUAUUCCCAUUUUUUUUUUUACGGGCUUUAUGUUUUACAACAUGAAGUUUAAGAUGGCUAUGAUUAUAUGUAUAUAUAUGUCUCGUAAACAUCAAACCUGUAAGUUUGGUUUGUUCAUUUAUUUUUUUCUUUUGUAAAGGUUACAAUUUGGAAGUGCACACUGUUAAAUACACAUAAUAAAUUUUAAUAAACGAAUAAAAAUAUUUUCCAAACUGUAUAUUUGAGGCUAUACAAUGUGAAAAUUUAUACAUAACCGUAGUUAAUAAAGAUAUUUAAAAAAAAUCAAUAGAUUUUUUUAAUAUUCAGUAAUAAUUAUUCAUAUUAGAGGUAGUAAGUUUAUGCUGAAUUUGAUAUGUGUAAAUAAAAGUUAUAAAUAUAAUUUUUAUUUUUAAUUAACAUAGAUUUUGCAAUGAGGCUGCUUACCUGUUCUUAUAAAAAGUACCUUACAAUAAUGUUGGUUGUUAAGAUGCUUCAUUUUAUAAAUACGGUAAGAUAAGGUUGAGAUGAGGAACAUUGUAAUUUUGGAUUAGCAAUUACUCCAUAUAUUUUUUUUAUUAUUUUAUUUUUUUCGUUUUGUAUGUAAAAUUAGAUUCAAAUAUGUUUCUUUUUAUUCAUGUUUUAUGUAAAGUUUUUGUAAAUAAAUUAGUUUAAUAAAUAUAUAGAUUUAAACAAAAAUCUAGACAAAAAGAUCUUAAGAUGUUUCAUUUCCUUUGUUGUUUUGUUUAAUUUAAUUAUGUAAGGAUCUGUCUUCCAAUGGGAUAUUUAGAACAGAAGAUCAUCGGUGCAUUCUCUUGUAAAAUUUCUUAAUUUUUGUUUUUGCUUUUAAACAAGCCCAAUUGGCCCCCUUGAAUUGAUAAAUUAUGGUUUCUAUCUUAUUAUUGAUAUUUACAAUAAAUAAAUAAAAUAUGAUAAA